GAGAUACGGGGGUGAGAGAGUCGGUGAGAGAGCCGGUGAGAGAGACGGUGAGAGAGACGGUGAGAGAGCCGGUGAGAGAGCCGGUGAGAGAGACAUCGCGCGGAGACACGGGGAGAGAGACAUCGCGCGGAGACACGGAGACGACACGCGGAGGGAGACAGCAUCACAGCGGAGACAGCACAGAAGCAACAGCUGCAGCUACGCAUAUCGUGGUGGACAUGGAGAUGUCACGGGGAGCGGACCCCCUGGAAGAGGGUGAGUUGAGGGAGAGGAGUGACCGUCCGGACGCGACCAUCGGCUCCCACUCGCCCUUCCAGCGCGAGGACAGCCUGGAGGACAGGAUGGAGGAGGACGACACUCUGUCAAUCCACCCACCUCAACUGCAAGCUCCCUCCUCGUCCCGUAAACAACAACAACAACAACAACAUCAACAACAUCAACAACAACACCACCACUCGGCACCAUCGUCAACAACAUCCUCCUCCCGCUCACACCACCACGGCCGCCACGACCGCCACCGCCACCACCGCAGCGGUGGUGGCGGUGGUGGCGGCGGUGGUGGUGGUAGCCACCACCACAACAGCAGCAACAACCGUAGCAGUGCGGGUAGCGGAGACUCGCGUUCGCACAAACAGCUGCGGAGACACCGAAGCCGUUCGCCUCACGCGGUGACCUCUGUGACCUCGGUGACCUCGGCGACCUCGGUGACCUCGGCGGUGGCGGUGACGGCGGCCGCGGUGACGGUGGCGGCGGUGGUGGCGGUCAACAACAACGGAGGUGGUGGUGGUGGUGCUAGCGGCCGUGGUAAAGGUGGUGGUGGCGGCGGUGGUGGCAGUGGUGGUGACGAGCGUCGCCGUGACGACGAGAGGAUCGGCGGCUUGGGGCGACGGGAGGCGGAGCGGGAGAGGAGGAGACUCCAGGCACGAGAGCGCUCACGCAGAGAGAG